AUGGACGCCGUCAGCGUCCCUGACCGAUUCAUGUCCGGGCUUUCGACGACGUCCGUAGUAGACGGUGUGCCAGCCUUCUUCACCCUCGCGGACUUUCCGGAUGUCAGCACGGAAUUCUUCUCACCAUGGUUGAAGUCGCACCGAUUGAUAAAGCAGCGCCUCUUCCGAAAAGACACGGUCAACUUCUCGACGGGCGAAGCCAACGCCUUCUACCAGCCAAUCACGAACACAAUGACUAUCGAAGCCGGCAUCGUGCAGCCGCCGCUUUUCUUCGAGCAUGGAACGGCCGCCCUCAGCUAUGGAGGUCUUGGUCAGGUAGUUGGUCAUGAGAUGAUGCACGGAUACGACGUGAAUGGCAUACUCCUGGACGCCCUCGGUAGCCGCAUUCUCAACACGGACAGUCUGUCCGCACAAGAGUACCAGCAAAGGGUGCUCUGUUUGCGUCAAGCCUACAAGCAGGCAGAGUCGGAAAGAGCCAUGGUCCUGGUUGACGACAAGGCCGACUCUGAGGGCUUCGCGGACUUCACGGGCCUCCAGCUGGCGUACUCGGCCUACAGGCGCCUUCAGCCUCGUGAGCGACUGGCCGUGGUGCCUGACGUGGGGCUCACCGCCGAGCAGACUUUCUUCGUGGCGCACUGCCUGAAGUGGUGCGACCUGAUCGCCAAGAGGCGACCCACGAGCCGCUACUGGCCCGGCCACUCUCGCUGCAUUGUGCCACUGCGAAACAUGCCCGAGUUUGCGGCCGCGUUCUCCUGCUCUAAAGGGGCGCCCAUGAACCCCAAGUCGAAAUGCUCGUUUUGGGCGUAG